AUGUCUGUUGAAGUUGAAUUGCCUCAGGUUGAAAAUAACUUGAGAUCUCUUAAUUUAUCAGGGCAUGUUGGUUUUGACAGUUUACCAGAUCAACUAGUAAAUAAGUCUAUCCAGAAUGGUUUCAUAUUUAAUAUUCUCUGCAUUGGUGAGACCGGGCUGGGGAAAUCUACUUUGAUGGAUUCGCUUUUUAACACUAGUUUUGAAUCAACACCAAGUCCUCAUACUUUACCAUCAGUAAAAUUAAAAGCACAUACUUAUGAACUUCAGGAGGGCAUUGUUAAAUUGAAACUCACAAUAGUAGAUACCGUAGGAUAUGGUGACCAAAUUAAUAAACAAGAUAGUUACCAAGCUGUUGUUGAUUAUAUAGAUGCUCAGUUUGAAGCUUAUCUGCAAGAAGAGUUGAAAAUUAAACGUUCAUUAGCUCAAUACCAUGAUACUCGUAUUCACGCUUGUUUAUACUUUAUUUGUCCAACUGGUCAUGGAUUGAAAUCAAUUGAUUUAUCUUGUAUGGAGAAGCUUGACAAUAAAGUAAACAUCAUACCAAUUAUAGCUAAAGCUGAUACUAUAUCCAAAUCUGAGCUUCAAAAGUUCAAGUCAAAGAUUAUAAGUGAACUAAUUGCCAAUAAAGUUGAAAUAUAUCAAUUCCCUACUGAUGAUGAUCAAGUUGCUGAACUGAAUAAGAAUAUGAAUUCGCUUCUGCCAUUUGCUGUUGUUGGGAGCACAGAGUUCGUCCGUGUUGGAAAUAAAAUGAUGAGGUCUAGACAGUAUCCCUGGGGUACAGUACAAGUGGAAAAUGAAUCACAUUGUGAUUUUCUUAAACUGAGAGAAAUGCUUAUUAGAACUAAUAUGGAAGACAUGCGAGAAAAAACACAUUUCAAACAUUAUGAAUUGUAUCGAAAAAGAAGCCUAGAGCAGAUGGGAUUUACUGAUGUUGAUUCAGAGAAUAAACCUGUUAGUUUCCAACAGUCCUUUGAAGCCAAACGACUUAAUCAUUUGCAAGAAUUGCAACAAAAAGAAGAUGAAAUGAGACAGAUGUUUGUGGUCAGAGUCAAGGAAAAGGAAACUGAACUGAAAGAAGCAGAAAAGGAACUUCAUGCAAAAUUUGAUAAACUUCGUCAUGAACACACUGAAGAAAAAAGGAAGCUUGAAGAUUCAAGGAAAAAGCUUGAAGAUGAUGUUUUGGAAUUUAAUCGAAGAAAAUCACAGUUUACUCAAGCUGGUUCUACUUCACAUCAUACUCUCACACUGGGAAAAAGCAAAAAGAAAUAA